AAUGCCCCGUGCCCUGCCUCAGCCAUAAGCGAAACCCGAGAGGCUGCAAUCUGUUUCAGCAAAAUCCCGCACGUCCCUCUUAUCUUGAGUUACGGCUCGCUCGAUGUGGUCCGCCCCCAGUGUUUCCGCUCGCGAGAAAGUACUCUAUGGUCAGCAGAAGAUGCAAAACUGAGGAGGCCAUGACACCGAGUAGUCAAGAAACAUCGCUCACGUUCCACAGGCUAUUGCUGCUGUCAUGGGUGAUACAGUGGUCUUCUUGCACGCCAUCUUGCUUUCACAGCACCGGGUACUCUGGACAGGCGACCUACACGUGUUCUGGCCUUCGGUCUUCAGCCGAUCUCGUGGAAAAUUUCAAGCCUAACCGAAGUGCCACCGAAGGAGGCCGGCUAAAGCUUCUUCUUGAAAACAGCGUGUUGGACAGCGUGCCUCAAGGCAUCUUCGCGGGUCUGGGCGUCUCGACUUUGCAGCUGGACAACGUCGAACUGACCGGCACCUGGAGUUCAACGGAGCCGACUCCUCUGCGCGGACUGGAGGCCACCUUGAAGAAAGUGGUGUUCAGCCACAACAGCACCGUUCCCCGUAACUGGGUUUUGUUCCUGGACGGCAUGACGGAGCUCGUCGAGAUGGUUUUCUUCGACAUGAGUGGUCUGAGGUUCACGUCCACUUCCCAAGAAGGCCUGCCCAGAACGCUGCGCAAGUUGCACCUGGUCCGAUCGAGCAUCGCAAGCGCGGACGACUACUGGCUGUCGUCCCUUGUUGACCUGGAGACGCUAUCGCUGCGCCACGUGAACCUUACGGCAUUCGCGAGAACAGUGCUGCCAACGGUGGCCGCCAAGCUGGAGACGCUGCUGCUGGAGGACUGCUCGCUAACAAGCUUUCCUUCGGGCCUUGCUAAAGGACUCCCAUCACUAAAAUACGUCGGCCUACAAAAAAAUCAAAUCGUCCAACUUGGCAGUGAUGAAGUCAGCCCUCUGAUCAACAAAGGCGUUGUCCUUCAGCUUAGAGGCAACCCUUUAAGCUGCGACUGUCACCUGCAGUUCUUGUUUGAAAACUCGAGACGACAUUCCGUUUAUGGACAAUGUGACGCACCAACGGCCCUCAAGGGGCGAAGUCUCAGAGCACUCUCAGAGCGAGAUCUAGCGCCUUGCGCCAGGCGGCAAGCUACUCAGUCGCUCUAGAUCCACGGUGUACAUACCCAUUGAAAUAAAUAGCUAUAAUAUGUCAUCUUUACUGCAUUAUGAAAUUGUUCUAAAAAUG